GGCCCCAUGGACGCCCUGUGCGGCUCCGGGGAGUUCGGCUCCAAGUUCUGGGACGCCAACCUGUCCUUGCACACAGACACCCCGGACCUCACUCCCUGCUUCCAGAACUCCCUGCUGGCCUGGGUCCCCUGCAUCUACCUGUGGGCCGCUCUGCCCUGCUACCUGUUCUACCUGCGGCACCACCACCAAGGCUACAUCGUCCUCUCCACCCUCUCCAGGCUCAAGACGGUCUUGGGUGUCCUGCUGUGGUGCGUCUCCUGGGCUGACCUCUUCUACUCCUUCCAUGGCCUGGUCCACGGCUGGGCCCCCGCCCCCGUCUUCUUUGUCACCCCCUUGGUGGUGGGGGUCACCAUGCUGCUGGCCACCCUGCUGAUCCAGUACGAGCGGCUGCAGGGGGUGCAGUCCUCGGGGGUCCUCAUCAUCUUCUGGUUCCUGUGUGUGGUCUGCGCCAUCAUCCCCUUCCGCUCCAAGAUCCUUUCAGCCAUGGUGGAGGGCAAGAUCUUGGACCCCUUCCGCUUCACUACCUUCUACAUCUACUUCGCCCUGGUGUUCUUUGCCCUCAUCCUGUCCUGCUUCAGGGAGAAGCCACCGUUUUUCUCCCCGAAGAACGUCGACCCUAACCCCUGCCCGGAGACGGACGCUGGCUUCCUCUCCCGCCUGUCUUUCUGGUGGUUCACAAAGCUGGCCAUCCUUGGCUACCGGCGCCCCCUGGAAGAUCAGGACCUCUGGUCCCUGAACAAGGAGAAUCGCUCUGAGCUGGUGGUGCAGAGACUGCUGGAGGCCUGGAAGAAGCAGCAAAAGCAGGCAGCACAACACAAGGCCGCCGCGGCACCUGGGAAGACAGUGUCCGGUGAGGAUGAGGAGCUGCUGGGGGGCCGGCCCAGGCCCCGGGAGCCCUCCUUCCUGCAGGCCCUGCUGGUCACCUUUGGCCCCGGCUUCAUCAUCAGCACCUGCUUCAUGCUCAUCCAGGACCUGCUCGCCUUCGUCAACCCGCAGCUGCUCAGCAUCCUGAUCAGAUUUAUUUCAAACCCCACGGCCCCCACCUGGUGGGGCUUCCUGGUGGCCGGGCUGAUGUUCGUGUGCUCCGUGAUGCAGACUCUGAUCUUGCACCAGUAUUACCACUGCAUCUUUGUGACGGGGUUGAGGCUUCGUACGGGGAUCAUAGGUGUCAUCUACAGGAAGGCUCUGGUCAUCACCAAUUCAGUCAAACGUGAGUCCACGGUGGGAGAAUUGGUCAACCUCAUGUCAGUGGAUGCCCAGCGCAUCAUGGACGUUGCCCCCUUCCUCAACAUGCUGUGGUCAGGACCUCUGCAGAUCAUCCUGGCCAUCUACUUCCUCUGGCAGAAACUGGGUCCCUCCAUUCUGGCUGGCGUCGCCCUCAUGGUCUUGCUGAUCCCAAUCAAUGGCGUUGUGGCCAUGAAGAUGCGGACUUUACAGGUAGAACAAAUGAAGUUCAAGGACUCGCGCAUCAAGCUGAUGAGCGAGAUCCUGGGUGGCAUCAAGGUGCUGAAGCUGUAUGCCUGGGAACCCAGCUUCUUGCAGCAGGUGGAGGGCAUCCGACACAGUGAGCUCCGGCUGCUGCGCCAGGCUGCCUACCUCCACGCCAUAUCCAUCUUCACCUGGAUCUGCACCCCCUUCCUGGUGACCCUCAUCACCCUCUGGGUGUACGUGUCUGUGGACCCAAACAACGUGCUGGAUGCUGAGAGGGCCUUUGUGUCCGUGUCCCUGUUCAAUAUCUUAAAGAACCCCCUCAGCAUGCUGCCCCAGAUAAUCAGCGGCCUGACCCAGACCAGCGUGUCUCUGAAACGGAUCCAGCAUUUCCUGACCCAAGAUGAACUUGACCCCCAGUGUGUGGAAAGAAAUACCAUCACCCCAGGCUAUGCAGUCACUAUAGACAAUGGCACCUUCACCUGGGCCCAGGACCUGCCCCCAACCCUGCACAGCAUAGACAUCCAGGUGCCAAAAGGGGCCCUGGUGGCCGUGGUAGGGCCCGUGGGCUGUGGAAAGUCUUCCCUGGUGUCUGCCCUUCUGGGAGAGAUGGAGAAGCUGGAAGGCCAGGUGUACGUGAAGGGCUCCGUGGCCUAUGUGCCCCAGCAGGCCUGGAUCCAGAACUGCACUCUUCAGGAAAAUGUGCUCUUUGGCCAAGCCCUGGACCCCAAGCGCUACCAGCGGACCCUGGAGGCCUGUGCCCUGCUAGCCGACCUGGAGGUGCUGCCUGGUGGGGACAAGACAGAGAUUGGAGAGAAGGGCAUCAACUUGUCUGGGGGCCAGCGGCAGCGGGUCAGCCUGGCCCGAGCCGUUUACAGUGAUGCCGACAUUUAUUUGCUGGAUGACCCACUGUCAGCCGUGGACUCCCACGUGGCCAAGCAUAUCUUUGACAAGGUCAUCGGGCCGGAAGGUGUGCUGGCCAGCAAGACUCGGGUGCUGGUGACCCACGGCAUCAGCUUCCUGCCCCAGACAGACUUCGUCGUCGUGCUCGCUGACGGGCAGGUGUCUGAGGUGGGCACGUACCCAGCCCUCCUGCAGCGCAACGGCUCCUUUGCCAACUUCCUCCACAACUACGCCCCGGAUGAGGGCGAGGAGCACCAGGAGGAGAACAGCAGGACCGCAGCAGCCUUGGAGGAGGCAGACGAUGAGGAGGUGCUGCUGAUUGAAGACACGCUCAGCAGCCACACAGACCUGAUGGAUAAUGAGCCAGUCCUAUAUGAGGUCCAGAAGCAGUUUAUGAGACAGCUGAGUACCAUGUCCUCGGAGGGGGAGGGCCAAGGUCGGCCUGUGCCCCGGCGGCGCCUGGCUCCAGCGGAAAAGCUGGUGCAGGCAGCAGAGGCGAAGGCAAAUGGGACGCUGAUUGAAGAGGAGAAGGUGGAGAUGGGCAAGGUGAAGCUGAGCGUGUUCUGGGAUUAUGCCAGGGCUGUGGGGCUCUGUACCACACUGGUCAUCUGUCUGCUGUACGCGGGGCAAAGCGCGGCUGCCAUUGGAGCCAACAUGUGGCUCAGUGCCUGGACCAACGAGGCCACGGUGGCUGGCCGACAGAACAGCACUGCCCAGAGGCUGGGUGUCUAUGCCACCUUGGGAAUUCUGCAAGGGGUCCUGGUGGUGCUGUCGUCCAUCAUGAUGGUCGUGGGCUGUGUCCGGGCUGCGCGCUUGCUCCACCAGGCGCUGCUGCACAACAAGAUGCGCUCGCCGCAGUCCUUCUUCGACACCACACCGUCGGGCCGGAUCCUCAACCGCUUCUCCAAGGACAUCUGCGUCAUCGACGAGGCUCUGGCCCCCACCAUCCUCAUGCUGCUGAGCUCCUUCUACACCUCCAUCUCCACCCUCGUGGUCAUCGUGGCCAGCACGCCGCUCUUCGCUGUGGUCAUCCUGCCUCUGGCUGUCAUCUACAUCUCGGUGCAGCGCUUCUAUGUGGCCACCUCGAGGCAGCUGAAGCGGCUGGAAUCUGUCAGCCGCUCGCCCAUUUACUCGCACUUUUCGGAGACGGUGACUGGCUCCAGCGUCAUCCGGGCCUAUGGCCGCAGCCAGGCCUUUGAGGCCAUCAGUGAUGCUAAGGUGGACACCAACCAGAGGAGCUGCUACCCCAACAUCUCCUCCAACAGGUGGCUGGGCGUCCGAGUGGAGUUCAUGGGGAACUGUGUUGUGUUCUUUGCUGCCCUCUUCGCUGUGAUUGGCAGAAGCAGCCUGAGUCCAGGGUUGGUGGGCCUUUCUGUGUCCUACGCCCUACAGGUGACAUUUUCUCUGAACUGGAUGAUACGGAUGUUAUCAGACUUGGAGUCUAAUAUUGUGGCUGUGGAGAGAGUCAAGGAGUACUCCAAGACGGAGACCGAGGCCCCCUGGGUGGUGGAGGGCAGCCGCCCUCCUGCAGGCUGGCCCACGCAGGGCGAGGUGGAGUUCCGGAAUUACUCCGUGCGCUACCGGCCAGGCCUGGAUCUGGUGCUGAAGGACCUGAGUCUGCGCGUGCGCGGUGGCGAGAAGGUGGGAAUCGUGGGCCGCACUGGGGCUGGCAAAUCAUCCAUGACCCUCAGCCUGUUCCGCCUCCUGGAGGCCGCAGAGGGUGAAAUCCGCAUCGACGGCCUCAACGUGGCAGACAUCGGGCUCCAUGACCUGCGUUCUCAGCUGACCAUCAUCCCCCAGGACCCCAUCCUGUUCUCGGGGACCCUGCGUAUGAACCUAGACCCCUUCGGCAGUUCCUCGGAGGAAGACAUAUGGCGGGCCUUGGAGCUGUCCCACCUGCACACAUUCGUGAGCUCGCAGCCAGCAGGCCUGGACUUCCUGUGCUCCGAGGGAGGGGAGAACCUUAGCGUGGGUCAGCGGCAGCUUGUGUGCCUGGCCCGAGCCCUUCUUCGCAAGAGCCGAAUCCUGGUUUUAGACGAGGCCACGGCCGCCAUCGACCUGGAGACCGACGACCUCAUCCAGGCCACCAUCCGCACCCAGUUUGAGAGCUGCACAGUGCUGACCAUCGCGCACCGGCUCAACACCAUCAUGGACUACACCAGGGUCCUGGUCCUGGACAAAGGGACAGUCGCUGAAUUUGAUUCUCCAACCAACCUCAUCGCAGCCAGAGGCAUCUUCUAUGGGAUGGCCAGAGAUGCUGGUCUUGCCUAACAUAUAUGCCUGGGAUUUCCUCCUGGCUGACCUGGUUUUCUUCAGGAAGGCAAAGGACACCAAACAUGUCAGCAGAAUUAACCCGGUGGCUGGGGGCAUUUGUUCGAUGUUUGCUCCUGUGAAGCGCUCCCCGGGAUAACCGUGCUAACUGCUUUAGAUGAGGAUGGGAGGCUCCAGGGGUGCCCGACGCGCCCCCAAGGUCACGGGCCCCCAAGGUCACGGGCGGUUUGAGGCAGAGCCCAGACUAGUCCCCGGAUCUCCUGAUUCCCAGUCUCCUGUUACGUCCCCCACGACACUUGCUUGCAAUCACUUCAUGGAGCAACCUCCCCAGCCCUGGAUGACUUUUCCUAUUUUCUAUUCUGGCGUUUUUUGUUCUUGUUUUUUAAAUAAAGCUUUGUCCUCCUGAAACAA